CAGGCUACUUCAUUGGACGCAGCGAGAACUCAGUGCGCAUGCGGUAUUAGUGUCCCCGUUCCGAUUGGUUUGCCCCAGGGUCUUUGUUUUUCAAUUGGCUAGCUUCGAGGCGGGUGGGGAGUGGAGAGAUUUGAAUUUGGAAGGAAUAAACAGUAAUAAUAUGCUGGCAGUUGCCGGGGAGUGCCGGUGACCUUCGUUUUCUGGAGCUGGCCGUCAGCAUGUCCUUCCCUAAGGCACCCCUGAAACGAUUCAAUGACCCUUCUGGUUGUGCACCAUCUCCAGGUGCUUAUGAUGUUAAAACUUCAGAAGUAUUGAAAGGACCAGUAUCUUUCCAAAAGUCACAAAGAUUUAAAAAGGAAAAAGAAGUACAACAAAAUCUUACUGUGGACAAAGAAACUGUUUUGCCUGCCUCAGCUAGAAAAGUUAAGACUUCAGGAUUAAAGAAAGAAUCUCAAAAGAACGAUAAAGAUUUGAAGAUAUUAGAAAAAGAGAUUCGUGUUCUUGUGCAAGAACGUGGCACUCAGGACAAGCGAAUUCAGGAUCUGGAAACUGAGUUGGAGAAGGUAGAGGCGAAGUUAAAUGCUGCUGUCAGGGAAAAAACAUCUCUCUCUGCAAAUAAUGCUUCCCUGGAAAAACAACUUAUUGAAUUAAACAGGACUAAUGAACUACUCAAAUCUAAGUUUUCUGAGGAUGGAAACCAGAAGCAUAUAAGAAUUCUAAGCCUGGAGUUGAUGAAACUAAGAAGCAAAAGAGAAGCAAAGAUAAGGAGUAUGAUGGCUAAACAAGAAGGCAUGGAGACGAAACCGCAGGUCACUCAGAAGAAUCGGGAAGAAUCCCAGGGGAAAGUAACACAGCUUGAGGGGAAACUUGUUUCAAUAGAGAAAGAGAAGUUUGAUGAAAAAUCUGAAACAGAAAAACUCUUAGAAUACAUUCAAGAAAUUAGUUGUGCAUCAGAUCAAGUGGAAAAAUACAAGCUAGAUAUUGCCCAGUUAGAAGAAAAUUUGAAAGAGAAGAAUCAUGAAAUUGUAAGCCUUAAGCAGUCACUUGAAGAAAAUGUUAUGUUGUCUAAACAAGUAGAAGACCUGAGUGCUAAAUGUCAGCUGCUUGAAAAAGAAAAAGAAGACCUCAUCAGCAAGGAUAGAGAACGAGAUGAAACUUUAAAUACCGAGAUGCAAAACUUAAAACAAAAGUUGAUUCUUGAAAAACAAGAAAAUGAAAAACUACAACAAAAAGAAUUUCAAAUUAGUUCAGUUUUGCAACAAGAGAAGGAAUUCUCUUCAAAUCUUCAGCAGAAGCUAUGUUCUUUUCAAGAGGAAAUGAUGAAAGAAAGGAAUCUUUUUGAGGAAGAAUUAAAGCAGGCCUUGGAUGAGCUGGAUAAAUUACAGCAAAAGGAAGAACAAGCUGAAAGCCUGGUUAAGCAGUUGGAAGAAGAAGUGAACUCUAGGGCUGAAAAACUAAAAGUCUUAGAAGAAAAGUUGAAAGGGAAAGAAGCUGAACUGGAGAGGAGUAAUACUGCUCACACUCAGGCCACCCUGCUUUUGCAGGAAACGUGUAAUAGCACAGUGCAGAACCUUGAAGAUGUUACUGCUCAAUUUGAAAGCUAUAAAGCAUUAACAGCUAGUGAGAUAAAAGAUCUUAAGCUGGAGAACUCAUCACUACAGGAAAAAGUGGCCAAAGCUGAAAAAAGUUUGGAGGAUAUUCAACAGCAGAUAUUGACCACUGAAAAUUCAAAUCAGGAAUAUGCAAGGGUGCUUGUAGAUCUCCAGGCCAAAUUGGCCCUUAAGGAAGCAGAAAUGAAAGAAAUUACAGUUUCUUCUCUUAAAAAAUUAACUGAUUUGCAGAACCAACUCAAACAACAAAGUGAAGAUUUUGAUAAACAACUGGAAGAGGAGAGAGCAAGAAAAGCUGGAAAUGAAAAUGCAAUGGCAGAAAUAACUGAAGAAAUUAAUAAAUGGCGUCUCCUAUAUGAAGAACUGUAUAAUAAAACAAAACCUUUUCAGUCACAACUGGAUGCAUUUGAAGCAGAGAAACAGGCUUUGUUGAAUGAACAUGGUGCAGCUCAGGAACAGCUAAAUAAACUAAGAGAUUCGUAUGCUAAAUUAUUGGGUCAUCAGAAUCUAAAGCAAAAAAUCAAGCAUGUUGUGAAAUUGAAAGAUGAAAAUAGCCAACUCAAAUCGGAAGUGUCAAAACUCCGUUCUCAGCUUGCUAAAAAAAAACAAAGUGAGAGAAAACUUCAAGAAGAAUUGAAUAAAGUUCUGGGUAUUAAACGCUUUGAUCCUUCAAAGGCUUUUCAUCAUGAAAGUAAAGAAAAUUUUGCCCUCAAAACCCCAUUAAAAGAAGGCAAUACAAAUUGCUGCUGAGCUCCAGUGAAGUGUCAAGAAUCAUGCAAGUAAAGAUCUGAAAACCUGUUGAAGAUUAUUUUAUUAUUUUAUUUUUUUGUAAUGGGUAUUUUAUAAUGUUAUAUUUAAUUGUAACUGCCUAUUCUUUAAUAUGUGUAAGAAAGUUUUAAGUUGCUUACCAAAAUGUCUUGACAUUUUAUUUUCUUUUAAGUACCUCUUCCUUACUGCUCACCUUUGUCGUCUAAUUCUGAUCAUACUUUUCUUCCCCCCAUUUUGUAGGGUUCAUGUGCUUGCCAGAAACAGAGA